AUGGAUCGGAGUUGGAUGUAUAAGAAACGUAAUACACUUGAAUAUGCAAGUAAAAUUGGUGAAAAAUAUAUAGUGUGUCCUUGUUGUGAUUGUAGAAAUCUAAAAAAGUUUCGUGGGAUUGACGAAAUUAAGAGUCAUUUGAUACGUCGUGGUUUUAAAGAAGGAUAUGACCCGUGGAUAUGGCAUGGUGAGAAUGUACCUUUUAGUACAGAUGAUGUCGAAUUAGAUGUAGAGAAAGAUAAAUGUAAAGAAGAUACUAAUAAAACUGAUGAAGACAAUGAUCGGCUAGAUGAAUUGAUGCGUGAUAUGCAAGGGGAUUUGAAUGAACUGCCUCAAGAGUUUGAAACUUUUUUUGAAAAUUGUGGAAAACUUUUGUUUUCUGGAUGUAGUAAAUUUACAAAGUUAUCAUCAAUGCUUAAAUUGUAUAACUUAAAAGCAAAGAAUAGGUGGAGUGAUAAGAGUUUCACGGAGUUAUUGAAACUUUUAAAGGACAUGCUUCCUGAUGAUAACGAACUUCCUUGUUCAACUUAUGAGGCAAAGAAAAUGUUAUGUCCGUUGAGUAUGGACAUUGAAAGGAUCCAUGCAUGUCCAAACGAUUGUAUUUUGUAUUGGAAACAAUACAAAGACUUGCAUGUGUGUCUGAAGUGUGGAGCAUCGCGUUAUAAACGGAAAGGAUACGAUGAUGCAUGUGAGAAGAAGAAAGGUGCUCCUGCGAAGGUGUUGUGGUAUCUACCGGUGAUUCCAAGGUUCAAGCGUUUGUUUGCAAAUCCAAAUGAUGCAAACAAUUUGCAAUGGCAUGCUGUUGGUAGAAAAGAAGAUGGAAAGUUGAGACAUCCCGCCGAUUCUCCUCUAUGGAAGAACAUUAAUAUGACGUUUCCUGAAUUUGGUUCCGAAAAUCGAAAUCUUUGGCUUGGACUAUGCACAGAUGGAAUGAAUCCUCAUGGUAACAUGAGCAGUCGCCAUAGCACUUGGCCAGUUCUUUUACCAGUUUACAAUCUUCCUCCUUGGUUAUGCAUGAAGCGUAAAUACAUCAUGUUAUCUUUGUUAAUAUCUGGGCCUAAACAACCAGGAAACGACAUAGAUGUGUACUUGACACCGCUUAUUGAAGAUUUAAAGAUACUGUGGAAUGAAGGUGUGGCGGUGUUUGAUGCUCAUAGCCAAACCAACUUCACCUUGCGAGGCAUGUUGUUCUGCACAAUCAAUGACUUCCCAGCAUAUGAUAACUUGUUAGGAUACACUACUAAAGGGGCUAAGGCAUGCCCUAUUUGUGAAGAUGAAAUAGAUGAUCUUUGGCUAAACAAUAGUAAGAAUAAUGUGUUCAUGAGUCAUCGAACCUUUCUACCUAUAUUGACCAUUCUUAUAGAAAGAAGAAAAAAGUUUUCAAUGAAAAAUCUGAGACUAGAGUGGCUCGCUCACCAUUAUCAGGGGAUGUCAUUUAUGAAAGAGUCAAAAACAUUGAUAUUGUGUUUGGAAAAACUUCAAAAACAAGUCAGAAGGGUAUUUGGAAAAAGAGGUCUAUAUUCUAGGAUUUACCAUAUUGGGAGCACUUAUCUGUUAGACAUUGUCUUGAUGUAA